CUGACGGCAAAACUGAAAAGCUUUGGAAUUUUUAAGCAGUUCUUUUCAUUCACAAAAUUCAUUAAAACAAAAAAUAUUAAAAUGACAAACUAUUCCGAAGAUCAACUUGCUGAAUUUCAAGAAGCAUUCAACUUAUUCGACAAUCGAGGAGAUGGAAAAAUCCAACAGCAACAGAUUGGCGAAUGUCUUCGUGCCUUAGGACAAAAUCCUACCGAAUCGGAUGUUAAAAAGUUCACUCAUCAGUUGAAGCCUGAUGAGAGAAUAUCCUUUGAAGUGUUUCUUCCAAUUUAUCAAGCGAUUUCAAAGCAACGCUCAGGUGACACAGCCGAUGAUUUUAUUGAAGGCUUACGUCAUUUCGAUAAGGAUGCAAGCGGUUUCAUCAGUUCUGCUGAACUUCGACAUUUAUUAACAACACUCGGAGAGAAAUUGAGUGACGAAGAGGUCGAGCAGCUACUUUCAAAUCAAGAAGAUUCGCAAGGAAAUGUAAACUAUGAAGAAUUCGUCAGAAUGGUUUUCCGGCAUAAUCAACAUGAUGUUUAA